AUGGCCACGGAGAGUUCCCCCAUGUUCGGUGCGGAAGGGGACUGCAGCGAGGUUUUGGAGGAGCUGAUGUGGAGGGACACGGGGGAGAACCUGGCGAUGUCAAAGCACAGCGAGAAGGUGAUUGAGCAGAAGGAGCAGCAGCUAAAGGAAUCCAUCCAGCGUAACUACUCAAAACUGAAGGGCGUCGAAAAGGAGUUGGAGGGCCUUCAGUUGCAACUGCGACUGACCUCUGGCCCAAAAAAGUCGGCCCUUGAGCUCAUCCGCAGGAAGAUUGAAGCCCAGAAUGAGAAGGUGCUGGCCUCACGCUCGAAGGUUGCUGCCGCCAAGCGGUUCCUUGCAGUUGCAGAAGCAGAGUUGGCGGGCGCACAGUCUGUGAAGCAGCAGCUUUGUGGAGAGCUCAACAUGCUGGUGCACCAGAGCACACACCUGCAACUAGCCAAGCUUGAGGAGCUGUCUCAGCAGCUGGACGGGUUGGAGGCAGCGUCCACAUCGGCAGGGAGCGAGGAGGGCAGCGCUUCAGCCCAGAGUUUCCGGCCAGCCGCUAGCAGUGCAGAUGCCAUGCCAACCUUUAGCUGUGACGCCAACAAAAGACAGGUGGUGCCUGCAGCCGAAGCAGUUAUCGACACAGCCCUAGGCAGUGUGCAGCUCAACCCAAACAGGCCAGAAGCUUCUCAAAGGCAGGAGCCUGUAUCUUCGAAUGCCCAGGCAGGGGGCCCUGGACAGGUGGACCCACGGAACCUGCCCCUGAAACACCCCAACGGGCUGUCUCCCAUUCGCACCUCUGCUGCACAACAUCACAAGUCUGCUAGGAGAGGCAUGUCAGCGCCCGCUCUGCGGCCACCUGGCAGACCCUCUCCCAUAGUGACUCAAGGCGUGUCUGAGAUCGCUCAGAAGAAUUCCUCUUCUGCAAGUUUCAGCGGGUUUGCUGUUUAA